AUGAUGGGUAGACUACGUUUUCCCAUGUUCUCCAAAUUAUGCUCAUCUCAUCAUGAAAACGGAGAUAGAUAUGAUAUCUUGGAUAAAUCUUGGAUGGUACCUGCAGCAAUGUCAUUCUCAAGAGAUGAUGACGAAUUUCAUGAAAACAAGACUUUCAACCUGCGAAAUCUGAUUCCGGAGUUGUGCACGACUUGUGAAUACAAGGAUGAAGUACAGCCUUCCGAGUGUACCAUUGUAGGACCUCCUCUUGGAAUCGCUACUUUUAAGUUUCUAGGAGGCUACAAUACUUUGGCCUUAGAAAUUCUGUCACUUCGUGAAAUCAAAAUUUUCUUUGAGUGUGAAGACUGUUCCGAAAUUCAUCGAUUUACUUCUGGACCCUGCGUUGUCAAGAAUGCAUAUAGAAUUCGUUUUCUAUCACCUAUGACAAUCUCUAAAUACGAUGUAUUCCCUGAUGAAUUAGCAUAUAAGGGUAAGCCCAAUGACUUGAUGAAUAAUAAAACCGACUGGAGCCUCAUUAACGAUUUGUAUGAUAUGCUUGAUGAAGACUGUAAGAAACUACCAACCCGCAAGUACAAUCCAGAUUUUGUAGAAGAACCUCUUAUCCCACUUGAGCAAGCGAAUUAUCAGCAGAAGCAUGCUUAUUACUGUGUCAGACAUUUCACAUUGAGUGAGCAUUUGGAUUUCUUCUAUGAUGAAAAUGUACCGUCGACUGAAAGCGAAUAUGAAGAUACAUUUCUGCAUUUUCUUAUGAAGGAUGCAUUUGUCGAUACACAGGUGGAUGCUCUACGAAACUUCUUCUAUGACUCUAUCUGA